AAAAAACACAUGGAACCAAGGAACAAUGUCACUUAUUUUGUUCUCAUGGGCCUCACUCAGAAUCCAAAGGAACAGAAAAUACUUUUUGUUAUAUUCUUGCUGUUCUACAUUUUGAGUUUCGUGGGAAAUCUGCUCACUAUCAUGACUAUAACUCUCAGUCAAAACCUGGCCUCACCGAUGUACUUCUUUCUUGCUAGUUUAUCUUUUUUGGAUAUUAUUUACUCAUCAACCAUUUCUCCACAAUUGUUGUCAGACUUGUGUUUUGAGAAUAGUACCAUAUCUUUCAAGUCUUGUAUGAUUCAGCUGUUUACAGAACACCUCUUUGGUGGAUCAGAGAUCUGUCUUCUAUUGGUGAUGGCCUAUGACCGCUAUGUGGCCAUCUGUAAGCCUUUGCAUUAUCUGGUUAUCAUGAAGCAAAGGAUGUGUGUUGUGUUACUCAUAGUGUCUUGGGUUGGAGGGUUUUUGCACUCUGUUAUUCAACUUGUCACUAUUUAUGGGCUCCCAUUCUGUGGCCCAAAUGUCAUUGAUCAUUUUAUGUGUGACAUGUACCCUUUAUUGGAACUUGUCUGUGUUGACACCUAUGUCAUUGGCAUUUUAGUGGUGGUCAAUGGUGGACUGAUGUGUGUGAUUGUGUUUCUGCUCUUACUCAUCUCUUAUGGUGUCAUCUUGUACUCUCUAAAGAACCUUAGUCAGGAAGGGAGGAGGAAAGCUCUCUCAACCUGUGGCUCCCAUAUUGCAGUGGUUGUCUGCUUUUUUGGUCCCUGCAUUUUCAUGUAUGCCAGACCUGCCAAGACUUUUCCAACUGACAAAUCAUUGAGUGUGUUUUAUACAGUCAUAACACCUAUGUUGAACCCAUUAAUCUACACUCUUAGAAACUCAGAGAUGACAAAUGCUAUGAAGAAGCUCUGUAGAAAAAAAUUUAUGUCAGGAGUAAAUGAGCCAUCCACUAUGAUAAGAGUCAUUUGA